AUGAAACUACAAAACUAUGAUGGACUUUCAUAAACUCCCUAAUCCCAAAGAAGAGAGUUUAGUAUGCAAAAUUCAGACUAGCAAAUAUUCUAAUCAGACGUCAAAUACCAACCUAGUUACUUUAACCAUGAGCUUAAAGUUGAUCCUGUGGUAUUAUCUCAAAGGUCAAACACAAAACCUUAAGAUCAUAUUUUUCUUAGCCAUACUAAAAAUAUAUUAGCAACCAGUGACUAUACCUCCUCGAUAGACAGAGUUCAACUAAUUGAGAAAUUUGAUCAGAUAUCUUUGAUGAAGGAGAAAAAUAAGGACAAGCUCAUUAUUGAGCAUGCUCUUACCUAUGAGGAUGGGCGAUCGCAUUUUGUUUUUGACGAUAAAUCUGCAAUUAUUUUGCAUCCAAAAGGCGACUGCUUUACAUAUUUUUCUAAGGAUGGGAAGAAGACUCGUUAGUUAGUUAAGUUUGCUGUUCAGAGCACCCACAAAGAUGAUAGAGGAAUGGGAGUAUUAGAUAAGUUAGUUUUAGCAAUUCAAUAUCAUAAUACUUUUUGUGAUGAGCCAAUACUUUCAAGAGAAGAGAUUCUAACUAUUAGGGAAAAAGAUUAGGUUCGAUAAGUCUAUGAGAGACAGUAAAAAUUUUAGAAGUAUACUUAAGUAAUCUGGCCAGGUAUCGAAAACUGGGAGGACUUCUUGACAGAAGAUUAAGAUGGAAAUUUAACAUUAAGAUCAGUUGAUGAAGACUUAGCUUCAAUCACUCUUUCAGCAAAUGGUUUCUAGUUAAGCGUUAAAUAUCAGCAAUUACUACCCUUUAAAAAGCCAACAUGGGUAAAUUUAGGGGUCACCUUUGAUGAGUCUACUAUAAAGAAUAUAACAUCUGAUAAAUUAAACUAAAAGGAUUCUCGUAGAAUGAAGAUGGCAUAUGAUUAUGUUAGAAUAAAUCAGAUAUUUUCAAUUUUUAGAUUCCCAUCAAGGUGGUGCUACCCUGUAUAACUAUUGAUGUAGUAUAAGGAGCAUUUAUUGCUGCGAAAAGACGAAAACUCAUGUCAAUUAUACGAGCCAGUAUAUUGUAGAAAUUUCCAUGGGGAUAUAUAAACAUGUUGUUUCACAGAAUUAGUGAGAAAUAAAGAAUACUCUACAUAUUUACCUAUUCAGAGAAAAGUAAUUGAUGAAAUAGAUGAAGAGGAUGAACAGAAUGAUUCAAAUCUACCAUAGAUAAAGAGUAUGCUUUCCCAGACUAACUUAAAUCGAACUAAUAUAUCUUAGAUGAGCUCUAUGAGUAAAUGGGACUCAUAAAGGAGUGUUUAAGAAUUAUUAGAUAAAAAUAAUAAAAUUACCGUCUGGUCGAAUGAUGAUAUAUCUCCAGCUUCUUUUUUACAUUCACAUAAGAAGAAUGUUGCAAUAUAAUGGAAUACUCUAUCUACAACUAGAGUAUCAUCUGAUGGCAAUAUUAUUCAAGUGUAAGUUCAUCAAGAUGAAUCUAUCUUACUUUUGAGAGAAAACGGCUAAUACAUAAGCCACCUUAAAUAAAAUAAUAAUUUAGAACCUCCUCUAAGGCAAUUUACUUGUGAGACAAUACCAUUUUCUGUUGUUGAUUCAAUAGAUCCAAUUAAUCAUCCCAGAUUAUAACUUUAAGAAAUACUAGCUCAUCCUUUUGUAAUUCUGAAGCAACUGUAUGAGCCAAAUCCACUUUAUGUAAAAGAAACAAAACCUGAGGAAGACCAUUUAUCAAAAGCUUCACUAAUGGCUAGUUAAGAUAACAUAAUACUUAAAGAAAUGCAUAUGGAAGGGUUGGGUCACUUUUAAGCAUACUCAAACAAAUCUAUAAAAGUUUCAUUUGAAGAUAGAACUAUUUUAAGGAUGAUGAGGAACUGCGAUAUUAUCAGAAUAUUGAACAAAUAUGGAGAAGAAAUAAACCUAAAUGUAUAGAAGCCAAACAUAUUAUACAAUGACUAUAGAAACUACAUUAAAGUAGCAGAUGAAUUCUAUGAGUGGGCUUUCUCAAGUCAGGAGGAAAGAUAGCAAAAAGAGCUUGAAGAAUAAAAAAAGCAAGAAGCAAUAGACUUAGAGAUGUAAAAGAUUCAAAGAACUUUAUGCUUUAUUGAUUAAAAUAAACUAGGUUCUCAAAUGCUUCAAUAGAAAAAUGAGCAAGAGUUUCAUAAGUAAACCUACUAGCAAAGUUAUAAUGAAAAUUAAAAUCUAUAAAAUUACACCAUCGGAUUAGAAUAAAGAGCUCAUGCAGUUCAAGAACUUGAGGUGAAUCAGUAAAAAAUAAAUGAAAUUUAAGAGCUUUUAAAUGCUCUUAAUGAGAAAAAAUGA